AUGGACUCGGCGGGCAGCUUUGCUCAGCAGUACGGUCGCUUCGAAGCGCGCAUGAAACUACCAACCGGCCAUGGCAUGUGGCCGGCCUUCUGGCUCAUGUCGCGGGGUGGUCGGUGCUGGCCCAUGGACGGAGAGAUCGAUAUCAUGGAGUACAUUGGCAACAAGGAGCCCAAGGCCAUUCACGGCAAUUUUCACUUUGGUCAUAAAUGCAACACAAACCUGCACUCGGACGCGUCCGUGUGCGGCACGACGGGCAAAGUCAUCGACGUCGCGCUCAACCACGAGUACCACGUUUACGCAGCCGAGUGGACACCAACGUCGAUUUCGUGGUUUUUCGACGGCCAGCUCUACUACAAGCUGGAUAGCGCCCAGUGCACCAACAAGGCGCCGUUCUUUAUUCCUGCCAAGCCCUUUUACAUCAUCUUCAACUUUGCCGUUGGCGGCGGGUGGCCCGGUAACCCUACCCCGACCACGAUCUUCCCGCAACGCCUGUACAUCGACUAUGUGCGCGUGUACAAGCAAGUGGGGACCGUGUCGUUUCCUGUCCUUGGCGAUCCAGUCCAGUACUUGUCCUCGAACGGCACUGAUCAUUCGUAG